GGCUGAUGCGUCAGUCGCGUGACGUCACCGCUGCUCUGCUUCCUCUUCCCGGAUUGCGAGUCUUCAAACAUCAUCCUCGGAGUUAAAAAAUAAUGUCUCAUCAAACUGGUAUUCAGGCUGCUGAGGAAGUGAAGAAUGUUUUCGGCAAUGCCAGAAAUGGAGAUUACAGACUUCUCAAGAUCAUCAUUGAAAAUGAGGAGCUGGUUUUAGGCCUCACCAAACCGCCGUGUCGCAGCUGGGAGGAAGACUACAAUUCGCUUUUACUUCCUGUGCUGGAUAAAGAGCUGCCCUGCUACAUCCUGUACCGACUCGACUCCAAAAACAGUCAGGGACACGAGUGGAUCUUCAUCGCCUGGUCACCUGACAAAUCGCCUGUGCGGCAUAAAAUGCUUUAUGCAGCCACCAGAGCCACACUUAAGAAGGAGUUUGGACUCGGACACAUUAAGGAUGAGAUUUUCGGCACUGUUAAGGAUGAUGUUUCUCUCAGCGGUUAUAAGAAACACGUCACCUCACAGUCCGCUCCUCUACCGCUGACUGCAGCUGAGGAGGAACUACGACAGAUUAAACUCAGUGAGGUUCAGACAGAUAUCAACGUGAACACUACGAAGCAAACUCUUCAGGGAGUAGCGUUCCCUCUGGACGGAGAGGCCGUCGCUGCAUUACAGCAGUUCAAAGACAAGAAACUCAACUAUGUCCAGCUGAUCAUUAAUUUCGAGAAGGAGUUGAUUAUGUUGUCAAACACGGACGCCACAGAAAUGAAAGAUUUACCCAAGAGAAUUCCUAAAGACGCAGCGCGAUAUCACUUCUUCCUCUACAAACACUCACACGAGGGCGACUACCUGGAGUCUAUAGUGUUCAUUUACUCCAUGCCGGGUUAUAGCUGUGGAAUCAAAGAGCGGAUGUUAUACUCCAGCUGUAAGAAUCCGCUGUUGGAGAUGGUGGAGAACAAACUGCACAUGGAGGUGGAGAAGAAGAUGGAGAUUGAUAACGGCGAUGAGCUGACGGCUGAUUUCCUGUACGACGAGGUUCAUCCGAAGCAACACGCGCACAAGCAGGCGUUUGCUAAACCCCGCGGCCCACAGGGCAGGAAGGGUGAACGCAGAAUCACGAGGCGGCCCGGAGAGGGCGAUGACACCGCCGAUGAUUAAUUGAACAUCAACAAACAAAAUCAAAGAGGACACGUCUGUACGACACAACACUGUUGAACGUUUAUUUUGCAUAAAACACCCUCAUGAACUAUGCACGUUAUGACACGAACACGGCCGUUUUCUCAAUUUCUGUGGUCCAUUUCCUGCUGUUUGAAAUACUGUAGAGACGUCAAAUUAAGAAUUGCGUAUUUGUGAAAUCAGCAACACUUUUACAAUAACACUGCAUAUGUUAACAUUAGUUAAAGCAAUCGAAAACAUGAACUAAAAAUACUUUUAAAGCAUUUAUUAAAACAUAAAAAGGACUUUAUUAAAAAGAACAAUACACACAAAAUAUUUACAACAAUUGAACUAGUUCUUCAACACAUGCAAAGCUGAAAUUGUGCAAUUAUGAUCAAUGAUAUUAUAUAUAAUUCAGAUAAGCAUUUGUGACUUUAAACUGUGCCAAAUUAACAACAGGUCAGCGAGUCGUUAGACUGACGUAGUUACUGCUGGAACAUGAAAUGAUAAAAUGUGAGCUCUACGAACGCCCCCUCAUUCCUGAACGAUUGUCAUUCCUCUUUGUUACAUUGUUUUAUUUUUCUAGUUUUACCAAACACAAGGGAAAUCUAACAUCUGUUCUUUUCCAUUUUAACACUGUCCUUUUUUUACGACAUAAAUAAAAUUCUCAUUGUUUGAUAAGAUUGUACCAAGACGUUCAUUUUUCUAUGCAAGUGCUGUUCAUGACUGUGAUAACCGUGGUCUCUUAUCUUGUUUUGCCGUGUUGUUUCUCUGAUUUCCCCGUCGUCCUCAGAGGUGCUGACCAUGAAUUUCAUUACGAUGGAGGCAGUUCAGAAUGCAGAGCGAAUGUUUAUCGUUUGAGGCUGUGGCUAAAAAGGAAGACAGAAAUAUGUGAAUUUAAAUGAUUCACCAAAUUUGGGGUCUGUGGGGUCAGGGGUCACAACAGGUCAGAUUGAGUAUUAUUUGUCUACUGAAAGUCAUUUGGCAAACACUGUUUCACAUCUGGACUGUGACAGCAGCCGCUCUUGAGUUUCAUAUGUAGCUGUAUGUGAUACAUCAUGUGUACAUAUGUCUUCAAAUAACCCUCGCUGUACAACUUGUGUUUUUUAAAUAAAAUAUUUAAGCAAUUGAA